AUGACUCCAAAAAAGACUGUUUCGUCUGUCCGGGUCAGCGAGGCUGGCGAAAAGGCGAUAGACAAAUUAAAUGCGAAGGAGUUCCGGGAGCGAUUCCGCAUCCCCCAUGACAUAUUGAUAGACCUGGUGAACGAGGAGGCGGCUAUGCCUUCUGAGAAAGGUGGAAAAAACGCUAUCCUCUUCACAAAGGAACAAUUCAACGCGGGGCUCCGGUUCCCUCUGCCAGCCUUGUUCAAGGAAUUCCUCCACUUCUCUCAGAUUCCACCCAUCUUCAUUCAUCCCAACCUUGUCCGGGUGCUGAUGGGAUGCAGCAUUAUCAACAUGCUGUACAGCCUCGACCUUACGCUACUGGAAUUGUUCUUUGUCUAUUCCCUGAAGAAAGCAAAGAAUGAUAUCUUCAGUGUGUCCGCUCACCUACCCUCCCUUCAAAUGGUGACAGAACUGCCAGAUUCGACAAAGGGAGGGGCGAAGGGGCUGGUGGCAGUCUGGGGUGGAUGGGCGGGGCUAUCGCAGCAUCCGUCGAGGCCUUUUUCUCCGAAUUAUACCUUAAAAAUUCCGGGUUUGGAAUUGAGGGGCCACCUUGUGGAUUGGGUGGAAAAGGCGUCCUUUGCCUGCGUCUGCAAAUUAUUUGAAAUAGAUCCCAAGGAGAGGGCCUACAAAACAUUGCUUUCCGCGCGGAAUUUGACAGAGGUCGUCCGGGAGCCCCAGGAAUAUGUUAUCAAUAUUCUUCCUAGGAAACUGGCAAAGGAUGAGAUAGUGCCUGGGGAGCAUUAUACUGUGAAGGAGCUCCCCCUCUAUCAGGAAGCUAAAGAGGCUGACGCUGAAAGGCGGCGAAAGCUCCUGGAGGAUAGAGAUCAGAAAAAGACUGAAGGCACUAUCCGGAAGGCUCCCGGACAGAAGCGGGGUCCGGACUCUCCUGCGAAGAAAACUUCAGGAAAAAGGGGGAAGCUGGUGAAGAAGCAUGGGAAGGAUGCGAAGGAACCCAGGAACUCACUCCUCCCAAGGAAAAGCCAAAGUCAGCCUUCCGACGACCCGGAUCGCUUGGCCAUAGUCCUGGUGAAAGGGCCUCCCCUCAAGAAGCCGCGUUUGACGCGCGAUCUACAGUCCGGACUCUUUGAGCGGCUUCAAGAGCGGCAGUAA